CCUGUCCUUGCAGGGUCCCUCCUGUCGGGUCUGGGAGCACUGAGCUCCCUGCACGUGGAGCAGCAGCUGAACCAGAGCCUGCGGCGGCGCCGCCACGCCGGAGACAACGACCACAACAUCGAGGUGCUGCUGGGGGUGGACGACUCUGUGGUCAGGUUCCAUGGCAAAGAACACGUCCAGAACUACCUCCUGACCCUCAUGAACAUCGUGAAUGAGAUUUACCACGACGAGUCCCUGGGUGUUCACAUCAACGUCGUGUUGGUCCGAAUGAUCAUGCUGGGCUACGCAAAGUCCAUCAGCCUGAUCGAGAGGGGGAACCCGUCACGCAGCCUGGAGAACGUGUGCCGCUGGGCCUAUCAGCAGCAGAGAGCAGACCCCAGCCAUGCUGAGCACCAYGACCAUGCCAUCUUCUUAACCAGGCAAGAUUUUGGGCCCGCUGGUAUGCAAGGAUAUGCUCCUGUGACAGGCAUGUGCCACCCGGUCCGGAGCUGCACCCUCAACCACGAGGACGGCUUCUCAUCAGCCUUUGUUGUUGCUCAUGAGACUGGGCAUGUGCUGGGCAUGGAGCACGAUGGGCAAGGGAACAGAUGUGGGGACGAGACGGCGAUGGGCAGCGUCAUGGCCCCCCUGGUGCAGGCUGCCUUCCACCGCUACCACUGGUCCCGCUGCAGCGGCCAGGAGCUCAGGAGAUACAUCCACUCUUAUGACUGCCUUCUCGAUGACCCUUUUGAGCAUGACUGGCCCAAGCUCCCCGAGCUGCCAGGCAUCAACUAUUCCAUGGAUGAGCAGUGCCGCUUCGACUUCGGYGUGGGCUACAGGAUGUGCACAGCAUUCCGAACCUUUGAUCCCUGCAAGCAGCUGUGGUGCAGCCAUCCUGAYAACCCCUACUUCUGCAAGACCAAGAAAGGACCUCCCCUCGAUGGCACAGAAUGUGCCCCAGGRAAAUGGUGCUACAAGGGUCACUGCAUGUGGAAGAACACCAACCAGCUGAAGCAGGAUGGACACUGGGGGCCCUGGACCAAGUUUGGCUCCUGCUCACGGACCUGUGGGACCGGGGUUCGCUUCCGCACGCGCCAGUGCAACAACCCAAUGCCCAUCAAUGGAGGUGACGACUGCUCCGGGGUGAAUUUUGAGUUCCAGCUGUGCAGCACCGAGGAGUGUCCAAAGCACUUUGAGGAUUUCAGGGCUCAGCAGUGCCAGCAGCGCAAUUCCCACUUCGAGUUCCGGGGCAGCCGACACCACUGGCUGCCCUACGAGCACCCCGACCCUCCCAGGAGGUGUCACCUGUACUGCCAGUCCAGGGAAACRGGGGAUGUGGCUCACAUGAAACAGCCAGUGCACGACGGGACUCGCUGUUCCUACAAGGAUCCCUACAGCAUCUGUGUCCGUGGRGAGUGUGUGAAAGUGGGCUGUGACAAGGAAAUUGGCUCCARCAAGGCCGAGGAUCAGUGYGGGGUCUGCGGCGGGGACGAUUCCCACUGCCGGACGGUGAAGGGGACCUACACCCGCACUCCCAAAAAGCUUGGAUACCUUAAGAUGUUUGAUAUCCCUCCUGGGGCUCGCCAUGUGUUUAUUCAAGAAGAUGAGGCCUCUCCUCACUUUCUUGCAAUCAAGAACCAGGCUACAGGACACUACAUCCUGAACGGGAAAGGGGAGGAGGCCAGAUCCCGAUCCUUCAUCGACCUGGGCGUGCAGUGGGACUACAGCAUCGAGGAUGACACUGAGACCCUGCACACGGACGGGCCCCUGCACGACGCCGUGGUGGUGCUGAUCAUUCCUCGGGGGAACGACACCAGGUCCAGCCUGACUUACAAAUACAUCAUCCACGAGGAUUCGGUGCCCACCAUCCACAGCAACAACGUGCUGCGUGAGGACAUGGACACCUUCGAGUGGGCCCUGAAGAGCUGGUCCCAGUGCUCCAAACCCUGCGGUGGAGGGUUCCAGUACACCAAGUAUGGGUGCCGCAGGAAGAGUGACAACAAGAUGGUUCAUCGAAGCUUCUGUGAAGGCAGCAAAAAGCCAAAGCCCAUCCGUAGGAUGUGCAACUUGCAGGAGUGCACAGAGCCCCUCUGGGCAGCAGAUGAGUGGGAGCACUGCACCAAAAGCUGUGGCAGUUCUGGCUACCAGCUGCGCACGGUGCGCUGCAUCCAGCCCCUCCCAGACGGCACCAACCGCUCCGUCCACGCCAAAUUCUGCAGCGGCCACCGCCCYGAGAGCCGCCGGCCCUGCAACCACGUGCCCUGCCCCGCGCCCUGGAAAGCCGGGCCCUGGUCCCAGUGCUCGGUGACCUGCGGGGAGGGGACCGAGAGCCGGCAGGUGCUGUGCCGYGCCGGGGACCGCUGCGAGGGGGAACGGCCCGAGUCUGUCAGAGCCUGUAAACUCRCUGCCUGUGAUGAUGAGCCCUGCCUGGGAGACAARUCCAUCUUCUGCCAGAUGGAAGUGCUGGCCCGCUACUGCUCCAUCCCUGGCUACCACAAGCUGUGCUGUGAGUCGUGCAGCCGGCGAAGCAGCGGCUUCCCAGCACCCGGAGGGGCCGGCACCGAGGGGGACGCGCCACUGGAYCCUGUGCCCACGCCUGUGGUGUCCCCCCAGGCUCAGCUGGUGCCCGGGAGCAGCUCUGCAGGCCGGCUGCCUUUGGAAGCACAGGAAUCGGAGCGGCACAGCCCACCAYCCAGCCCCCUGCCCAAAGGUGCGGCCGUUCCGCGCUGGAGAGCUCCUCUGGCCGCCAAGACUUCCCAGCUGCUGGCUUUCCUGCAGCGCUGCCCUGCCAACAGCAGCAGCCCCAGCACUGGCAGCGCCCUGGUGCCAGCAGAGGACACUCACAGGACUGCCAGCAAGGGCCAGGAGCGCAGGGGACAGCCAUGGCCCCCGAGGGUGGCACCUGUGGAACGAUGAGCSAGGAGCACAGCCACAGCCUGGGACUCCCUGAGCUCUGGACACUGCGGAGCGCGCUGCGUGCCACGGGCACCACGCUGCAGGGCACGGCUCGUCCCCUGGAAAUACAAAGGACAAGAAGUGCUGGUUCACUUUCUGGUGCUCCUGGCCUCCUCCUGCCCCGCAUUCCCCGGCYGGCUGGGACACGCAGAGGAAACACCCAAUGAGUGGGAGUCGCAGAGGGCUCCGUCCAGCUCUGGCCCAGAAGUUAGCCCUAACCUCAGCACUGCCUGUGCUUUUGGGCUCUGAGCACUCAGCUGCAGGAAACGCCCCACUGCAGGCAGGAGCAGACACGGACACUCGAAACACUUGCCACGGAUGAAACACUUGCACAGAGACUCAUUUCUCCCUAGAAACCAGCACCGUGGCAACUGUUGGAUACAUCCAGGAAAUUGGGGUUUUUGUAAGAGUUUUGUGUUGUCCCACAACUGUUUACCKGUGUUGUUCCAUCACCAGGUGCCAGCUGUCGAGUUCUGCCCUAUCAGCAUUCCAAGAGCUGGUGUUUAAAGAGGUAUUAACAUAAAAAGUGGACUUCCAUUUGCAUAGGAAUUUCAUUGCUGGCAUUAGGAAAGGAUUGGUAGUGUUUUGGAUAUCAUCAAUGUGAUGCUUUGUACAAAUCUGUGGGUACUGCAAGUGCUGUCCUGGUCCUGCUCCAAAGGGGUUCU